AUGGCAUUUCUUGUGAUGCCAGUAGUGAUGACAUUGGUUGCUGUGCUGAUAAUAGUGGUGAUGAUGGUGAUAGUAGUGACCAUCAGUGAUGGUCUUUAUGAUGGCAUUUCUUGUGAUGCCAGUAGUGAUGACAUUGGUUGCUGUGCUGAUAAUAGUGAUGAUGAUGGUGAUAGUAGUGACCAUCAGUGAUGGUCUUUAUUAUGGUAUUUGUUGUGAUGCCAGUAGUGAUGACAUUGGUUGUUGUGCUGAUAAUAGUGAUGAUGAUGGUGAUAGCAGUGACCAUCAGUGAUGGUCUUUAUGAUGGUAUUUGUUGUGAUGCCAGUAGUGAUGACAUUGGUUGUUGUGCUGAUAAUAGUGAUGAUGAUGGUGAUAGUAGUGACCAUCAGUGAUGGUCUUUAUGAUGGCAUUUGUUGUGAUUCCAGUAGUGAUGACAUUGGUUGCUGUGAUGAUAAUAGUGGUGAUGAUGGUGAUAGUGGUGACCACUAGUGAUGGUCUUUAUGAUGGUAUUUGUUGUGAUUCCAGUAGUGAUGACAUUGGUUGCUGUGAUGAUAAUAGUGGUGAUGAUGGUGAUAGUGGUGACCAUUAGUGAUGGUCUUUAUGAUGGUAUUUGUUGUGAUGCCAGUGGUGAUGACAUUGGUUGUUGUGAUGAUAACAAUGGUGAUGAUGGUGCAUGGUAG